UGCACGAAUUAAUGAGCCCUUCCUAUUCGCUCGUGAACUGACGAGGCAAGAGAACGGAAGACAUCUCACCUGUCAGCAUGAACUAGUGGGAAUAUUGAAAUAUUGCACCGUGUUGCGCCUACCCUGCGAUGGCGGUCUGCAGAAAAAGGCCGCUGCUCGUCGUCGCUGGUGUGUGCAUUCUGUUCUUCCUUCUCUUGCAUCUGCAUGGAUCGUCCUUAGAGGUCCUUCCAAGAGUAUUACCUGAUCAUGGAUUCGACCAUGACGAUCUCCCAAGACCUCACGAUGUCGAAGGGGAGCCGUUGGAUGGUCUGGAAGGGGGCAACCAUCGGCCUUUGAGGCCCGGGAAGGUCCAUCUGAUCAAUCCCAUUGCCAGCUUUAUUCCUCUUCCCACAGCAGUUCAAAUCCUCCCCAAAAUCCAACAUGAUUUCAAGGCUGAGAGCGACACUGCCAGGGAAUCUCGACUGGUUCGCCUCCAGGCGAUCAAAGAUGCCAUGAUGCACUCAUGGACCGGAUAUCGAGAGAGGGCGUGGCUGCAAGAUGAGCUGGCUCCGGUGACGGGAGGCUAUAGAAGGAGCUUCGGUGACUGGUCUUUGACGCUGGUGGACGCCUUGGACACGCUCUGGCUGAUGGGAUUCAAGGAUGAGUUUGAGGCCGCAGCACAUGCUGUGGCAGACAUCGACUUCAACACUGCUACACAACUGCCCAUCAAUGUCUUCGAGACCACCAUCCGCCAUCUUGGAGGUUUGCUCGGGGCGUAUGAUGUGAGCAAUCGGCGAUAUCCCAAGUUGCUGGAAAAGGCCAUCGAGCUUGGUGAAAUGCUGUACGGCGCGUUCGACACGCCGAACCAUAUGCCAGUCACAAAGUGGUCAAAGAUUGGUGUAGAAGGCGCAUCAGGCCAUACGCUCGUUGCCGAGCUUGGGACGUUGAGCCUGGAAUUUACCAGGCUCACGCAACUGACCGGAGACCCGAAGUACUAUGACGCGGUGCAGCGCAUCUCGGACUGCCUAGAGAGCCAGCAAAACUACACAAGGGCGCCGGGCCUUUUCCCGCACAUUGUUAAUGCGAGGGAAUGCUGGUUUGGGGACGGUGUGACCUUCUCUGUCGGCGGAUCUGCUGAUUCUGUCUAUGAAUAUUUCCCCAAGGAAUAUCAACUACUCGGUGGCGCCCACGAGCAGUACAAGAAGCUCUAUGAAAUUGCCAAAGAGCCGAUGAAGGAGUUCAUCCUCUUCAGACCCAUGACUCCAACCAACGAAGACAUUCUCAUGGCAGGGACCCUAAAGUCCUUCAGGCCGGGCCAUAACGAACUCACACCACAGACCCAACACCUCGCCUGCUUCGCUGGAGGCAUGUUCGCUUUGGCCGCGAAGCUCUUCGAUUCUCCGGAAGACCUAGACACGGCCGAGAAACUAGUCCGCGGUUGCAUGUGGGCAUACAAGCAGACUCCGACCACCAUCAUGCCCGAGAUGUUCCAUCUCAUUUCGUGCCCUGCUGACGGCCGUCAAUGCAACUGGGAUGACAAGGCCUGGUUCAAACAUAUGGUCCUCCUCAACUCCCACGACGAGACUCCUCAGGACAAACUGCUACCCGAAGCCGAACGCCUUCGCAAGAAGUCUCAGCGGCUCCGCUUACCCAAGGGCAUCUCGGCCAUAUCCAGCCGUGCCUACGAACUGCGGCCCGAGGCGAUCGAGUCGAUCUUCGUCCUCUAUCGGAUUACCGGGGAUGAGUCUCUGCGGGAAAGCGCAUGGGAAAUGUUCGAGGCCAUCACCAAGCACACGCGGACAGAGUUUGGGUAUUCGUGUAUUGAGGAUGUGACGCACUCCGAGCCGCGGAAGACGGACAAGAUGGAAAGCUUCUGGAUGGCGGAGACACUGAAGUACUUUUGGCUGAUAUUCGAAGAUCCCGGCGUCGUGAGUCUUGACGAGUUCGUCCUGAACACAGAGGCGCAUCCUUUUCGAUUGCCGAAAAGGCGAUGACAUGACCUUCAUGACGUGGACAUGAUGUUGCCAUAAACUUAGAUAUUUUGCAGGCUGGUUCCUCAAAAUUUGAUGAUCGCUGCGACGUAGCGCAAGCGACUAGAAGAUCCUGUUCAACACUUG